AGGCCAUUAUCUGUACAUACAUAUAACCUAGUUACUUAUAAUUAUCAAUUCGAUUAUGCUGACAGCACAAGUGCUGACGAUCGAGUGCUGCGCAUCUACCGUUGUUUAUUGACGCUCUGGUUACUGCCAUACUUAACCACUUCAAACCAGUCCAGUUUCCGAGUUGCAAUAAGUAUAGAUUGCGUCUGCCACUUCAGACAUACGGCUUAUGAAUGAAUGUGUGUUCACGGCGCUAGGGUAGGAAGCAGCACAAGGCCAACGUGCAGCUAUGUCUAGGAGGGUCCAGCGGCGUGGAGAUGAGGAGGAUGAUGAUGAGGAGGGUGGCGAGGACAUCCUCACCAGCAUUUUGUUUGGCAACAUCAACGAGGACGGCCGUGCAGACGCGGACUAUCUUGACGAGGAUGCCAGGCAGAGCCUCACCGUCCUUCGCAGCAAGCUGGGCAAGGACGGCUCGCUGGUCAAGGAGGUGGAGGCUGAUGGACGCGGCGACGGCCCUGCAGCCGCCUCCGCGGUGCCUCACGACGCGAAAGCUGUCGACUAUGAAUGCGAGGUGGAGGAGGCGGAGGACCCCGAUGCCCCUGCGGCGGGAGGCGGGGGCGCAGCUGGGAUAGCCAUGCCCGGGCAGCUGCACAGCAUGCAUGCCGUACAAGCCUACAUGCAGCAGCCCGCGGGCCCCCCAGCAGCGGGCGCAGCGGACGGGGAUGACGACUACGACUCGCCGCAAGCGGGUGCAGCAGCUUCGCUACCCCCGCUGCCUCCAGCCAUGGCGCCAGGCCCCGUGGCUCCCGUGCCCGUCAUGGCCCCCGGACCCCUGGCGAUGGCCCCCGGACUCCAAGCCAGCAUGGCACCAGGCCCCCUGGCUCCCCGGCCACAGCCGGCAAUGGCUCCCGGACCCAUGGCGAUGGCCCCCGGGCCUCAGCCUCAGGCUGCCCUGGCGCCAGGGCUAAAGCUGGAGAUGGCUCCGGUGCCCGUCAUGGCACCAGGCCCCUUGAUGGCUCCGGGACCACAGGCAGGCCCCCUGGCACCGGGCCCCCUGGCGCCAGGCCCCAUGAUGGCUCCCGGUCCGCCUUCGGCCAUGGCUCCCGGACCUGGACCCGGACCCAUGGCGAUGGCCCCAGGACCGCAGGCCGCCAGGGCGCCAGGGCUAAAGCUGGAGAUGGCCCCCGGGCCCCUGAUGGCCCCCGGGCCGGUGCUGCCGUCCAUGGCACCGGGAGUGGUGCAGCAGCAGCAGCAGCAGCAAGCGCCGUUGGCGGCACCGGCAAUGGCGCCGGGUCCGGUAACGCCGGCUGAGACGUCGCCAGCUGCUGCUCCCGUGGAUGAAAAAAGCUUGUUGGAGGCCCGGCAGGACGCGCUGGGGCUGCAGAUCCUGGCGGUGCUGCCGGGAGGGGAGCGCGUCAUCCGCCACACCGCGCUGGACAGCUCGCACACGGACCGACAUGCCAGGGACCUGCGGAUGGACGCAGCGGAGUACGCAGCCGCAGUCGCCGCUGCCCGGGAGCGCCAGCUGCGCAUGCAAAAGCAACACGCGGCGCGCCUGGCCGCGGAAGCAGCCCGCAGGGAGCGCCUGGUAGCAGCAGCAGCGGCAGCAGCCUCCGCCUCCGCCACACCAACACCGCCUCCUGCAUCCGAACCCGGCGCCGCGGCAGCGGCCGCUGAGCCCACAGCCUCGGCGGAAGCAGCUGCAGCAGCAGCGGCCGGUUCAGCUGCGGCGUUGGAGAUGGAGGAUCCUGACCUGGAGGAGCAGCGGCGGGCGGCGGCGGCGGGGCGACUGCCUCCGGAGCUUGUGGAUGACUUGGCGUUGAUGAAGUCUAGCGCGGCGGCGGCGGCGGCGGCGGGCGGGAAGACGCAGGCAGAG